CUCGGCGGCCCGGAGGGGGCUCGCGGGGCUCGGAGCUCCGGUCCCUGCCACGCAGGCCGGUUGGCACCACUUGGCGCUGCCAGCCUCAGGGAAGGAAGUCGCGGCGCAGCCCGGUUCCCCAGCGGCUGUUCGGGCGCGACCGUGGCGCCCACUGCCCGCGGCGGCCUCCGCAACGGCCCCAGGACCUAGAGGUGCGCGCCGCCGCCGGCGCCGCCCCCAUGCUGCUCGGAGCGCCCAGGCUGUGCGCGUCCAGGGCGGCCGCCGCUGCGCAGAGCGAGGGCGACGGCGACAGGCUGGGCGGGGACAUGGACGAGUCGUCGCUCCUGGACCUGCUGGAGUGCUCCGUGUGCCUGGAGCGCCUGGACACGACGGCCAAGGUGCUGCCCUGCCAGCACACCUUCUGCCGCCGCUGCCUGGAGAGCAUCGUGUGCUCGCGCCACGAGCUGCGCUGCCCGGAGUGCCGCAUCCUCGUGGGCUGCGGCGUGGACGAGCUGCCCGCCAACAUCCUGCUGGUGCGCCUGCUGGACGGCAUCCGCCAGCGGCCCCGCGCCGGCGCCAGCCCUGGCAGCAGCCCGCCCGCGCGUCCUGGUCCGGGCCCGGUCCCCGGCCCCGGUUCAGGGGCGGCCUCGGCGCUCGCGUGUGCUGGAGGCAGCGCCCCUGGCUCCCCGGUUCUCCUCCCCGCGGCGACCAGCGCCAACGCCAGCCUGCGCGAGCUGGCAACCAGCAGGAGCGCGCCCCCAGCAAAGGACCCUUGUCUACUGCCCUGGAGCAAAGCCCUGCACAGCUGUGAGGGGAAGGAGCCCGGGGACCUCAGGUUCAGCGAGGGGGACGUCAUGGUCUUGCGGCACCGGGUGGACGAGCGCUGGUACCACGGCCUCCUGCCCGCCAGCUACGUCCAGGGCGUGCGGCCCCUACCCCAGGCCCCGCCCCAGGGCAAAGCACUCUAUGAUUUCGAGAUGAAGGACAGAGACCAGGACAAGGACUGCCUGACCUUCAGCAAGGAUGAAGUCCUGACUGUAAUCAGAAGAGUGGAUGACAACUGGGCGGAGGGAAUGCUGGGAGACAAGAUCGGGAUCUUCCCCCUGCUGUACGUGGAGCUCAACGACGCCGCCAAGCAGCUGAUGGAGAUGGACAGGCUGGGCCUGGCCUCGGCGUCCGGCUGCCUCGCCUUCGUGCCCUCUGACCCCGGCGCGGGGGCCAGCGCGGCCCCGGGCCCCACUGUGGGCAGCACGGGGGCGGUCAGCGCCUUCCAGCGGCGUGUGGACAGUAAGAAGAAUGCCAAGAAGCGGCACUCCUUCACAGCGCUCAGCGUGACGCACAAGUCCACACAGGCCGCCAGCCACAGGCGCUCCAUGGAGAUCAGCGCCCCCGUGCUGAUCAGCUCCAGCGACCCACGGGCCGCGGCCAGGAUCGGGGACCUGGCGCACCUGUCCCGCAGCGCUCCCACCCAGGUAACGUCGCUGGGGCAGGGCUCCCUCCUCACCGCGUCCUGCUCUGCUGCGUCUGUGUCCUCGGCUCAGGGCACGGCUCCCAAAGUCCAGCUGCCCCUCAACGUGUACCUGGCGCUCUACGCCUACAAGCCCCAGAAGAGCGACGAGCUGGAGCUGCGCAAGGGCGACACGUACCGCGUGCUGGAGAAGUGUCGGGACGGCUGGUUCAAGGGCACAGCGCUGCGGACGGGGCUCUCGGGCGUGUUCCCGGGGAACUACGUGACGCCCGUCUCCAGGGUUCCUGUAGGCGGGGCUGGGCCACCCCGGAAUAAUGCGGUCGGAGGGUCUCCGCUGGCCAAGGGGAUGGCCACAACCCUUCACCCAGGCGGAGGGAGUCUGAGUAGCCCGGCCACGGCCCUGAGGCCGGCCCUCCCCCUCACCAUGGCCCAGGCUCCGGCCCAGCACCAGACAGUCUCGCCCGCACUGGGCAGUUGUCUGCGGCACUCAGUUCAGCCAGCGGCCAGCCAAGCCCGGAGCGCCGGCCCCCCCGCUGCCCACCCGGCCCAGGCCCAGGGCCGGCCCACCGCUGCAGUGUCGCCCCUGCGCGCCCAGAGCCUGCCCGCCGUGGGGUCCCCGCAGCACAGCCCCCGGCCAGCCAUCCCGCUCACGUCGGCAGCCUCGGCCGUCACUCCUCCCAACGUCAGCGCCGUCCACCUCAACGGGGAGGCCGGAGCGGGCCCUGCCGGCGGCCGGUCGGCACCCAGCCCCACCAGUGCAGGAGGUAGACCCGACGAGAGGAGAAGCGAAAGGAAAGAUAAGAAGCCCGGGCUGCUGAAGCUGCUGGCCGGCGCGUCCACCAGGAAGAAGUCGCGCUCCCCGCCGUCCACCUCUCCCACCCACGACCCCCAGGCAGCGGUGGACGCCUCACUCCAGGGCGCGGUGGGGCCCGAAGUGUCCUCACUGUUGGUCCACGGCAGGGCCGGGUCCUGCCCCGUUGAGGGCGAGAUGCAGGGGGCCUUGGGGUUGGAGCCGCUGCACAGGAAGGCGGGCUCCUUGGAUCUGAGCUUCCCGUCACCCUCCCGGCAGGCCCCUCUCUCCAUGGCCGCCGUCCGCCCCGAGCCCAAGCUGCUGCCCAGAGAGAGGUACCGCGUGGUGGUCUCAUACCCGCCCCAGAGCGAGGCGGAGAUCGAGCUGAAGGAAGGGGACGUGGUCUUCGUGCACAAGAAGCGUGAGGACGGCUGGUACAAGGGGACCCUGCAGAGGAACGGCCGCACCGGCCUCUUCCCCGGCAGCUUCGUGGAGAGCUUCUGAGGCUGUGCCUGCCGCCCCCCAGGGACGGAGGUGCAGGGACCCCAAGGGAGCGGCCGCCCGAGGCCCUGGGUCCUUCUGGGGACCUGGCGGGGAUGCCCGCAUGCACAGGACCCGGGGGCGAGGAGGUCACGGCUUCCACCCGCCCCGUGUCCUCCGAUGGGGAGCAGACGCGCCGGGGUGGUUGGCUGCUGGGAUGCCCCUCUGCCGUCUGCGGGCGGGGCCGUUGGGGGGUAGGGCCCCGCGCGUUU